AUGAGUUGCUCCGCUUGUAAGUCUAAAGGUCACAAUAUAAGAACAUGUCCAAACAAACCUCCAGCCACUUCAGAGGGUAUUACUACAUCACAAGCAUCUGCCGGUAGUAAAAGAAGUGGCAAGAAAAAAUCUCACCCCACUCAAGCAGUACAACAAUCUCAAUCUUCUGAACCAUCUCAAGCAAUAGUGCAAAGUGACAGUGGUAAUAGAAAAGGUGCAAAUAAUGCAUUUAAGAGUCCAAGAGUAGUGAGUCAUGGAGUAUUUGUGAGCAAAGAUGGUUUUAUUUGUGUCGAACAAGGAAGAUCUAUUAGUAGGGUAAUCAAGAGUGGAGCACAAGAGAAACUGAUAAGUUCAGCUAUUGUCACCGGUGACCUUGGGUAUGCACCAAGUAAAGGUCUUAAAUGGAAGGGGAAAAUUGCUAUCACAGGAAGACAACUUCAACAUAAAAGUGUUUUGCUUAGAUAGAAGAACAUCAAGUCACAAACUUCAUCACAAGGUGCAGCAAGAACUGAAGGUGUUUAGGGAUGAUGUGGCUGAUUUUUCAUGUGGCUCGAACUAUUUUUAAGUCGCAUAUUUUGGUUGUGAAUAGGACGAUAUCGACUUUUAGUUGUGAACUUUGAUGUU